CCCGCUCAUCCCCGCCCCGCCAUGCCGGACCAGAUCUCCGUGUCGGAAUUCGUGUCCGAGACCAAUGAGGAUUACAAGUCACCUACUGCCUCCAACUUCACCACCCGGAUGGCCCAGUGCAGGAACACGGUGGCGGCCAUCGAGGAGCCUGUGGCAUUCCAAAUAGUGAACGCUGAUGUUGCCGAAUUCCUUUGGACACAUUACUGAUGUAUUUUCCCAAGUGUAUUUGUGAUGGCUGGCAAGAUGUCAACCACAGCUAAUUAGGAAAAAAGUGCACCUUAAAAAGAAGUCAUACGUGGCAGGCUCUGGAUGUUGACCGAAAUGUUCUCUACAAAAUGAAGAAAUCUGUCAAAGCUAUAAAUGUAUCUGGUCUGGCUCAUGUGGAAAAUGAAGAACAGUACACACAAGCACUGGAGAAAUUUGGAGGCAACUGUGUUUGCAGGGAUGACCCAGAUUUGGGAACAGCAUUUUUAAAAUUUUCUGUGUUUACAAAGGAAUUAACUGCACUCUUCAAAAAUUUGAUUCAGAAUAUGAACAACAUAAUCACUUUUCCGUUGGACAGUUUGCUGAAGGGAGAUCUGAAAGGAGUAAAAGGGGACCUGAAAAAGCCCUUUGAUAAAGCUUGGAAGGACUAUGAAACUAAAGUUACAAAAAUAGAGAAGGAGAAAAAAGAGCAUGCUAAGCUGCAUGGGAUGAUCCGUACAGAAAUAAGUGGUGCUGAAAUUGCAGAGGAGAUGGAGAAAGAAAGAAGGUUCUUCCAGUUACAGAUGUGUGAGUACCUGCUGAAAGUCAACGAAAUCAAGAUUAAAAAAGGAGUGGACUUGCUUCAGAACCUGAUCAAGUACUUUCAUGCUCAAUGCAAUUUCUUUCAGGAUGGAUUAAAAGCAGUUGAAAGUCUCAAGCCUUCAAUUGAGACACUCUCAACAGACCUUUAUACGAUAAAACAAGCACAGGAUGAAGAAAGAAGACAAUUAACGCAGCUCAGAGAUAUUUUAAAAUCUGCACUCCAGGUUGAUCAGAAAGAGUCUAGGAGAGAUUCUCAGAUUCGUCAGAGUACAGCUUACAGUUUACAUCAGCCUCAGGGAAACAAGGAACAUGGCACUGAACGAAAUGGGAGUCUGUACAAGAAAAGUGAUGGAAUCAGAAAAGUGUGGCAGAAAAGGAAGUGCUCAGUUAAAAACGGUUUUCUUACAAUUUCCCAUGGUACAGCUAACCGACCUCCAGCAAAGCUCAAUCUGUUAACCUGCCAAGUGAAAACAAACCCAGAGGAGAAAAAAUGUUUUGACCUCAUAUCACAUGACAGGACAUACCACUUCCAAGCAGAAGAUGAACAGGAAUGUCAAAUAUGGACAUCUGUUCUACAAAACAGCAAGGAGGAAGCUUUAAAUAAUGCAUUCAAAGGAGAUGAUAACACAGGAGAAAAUAAUAUUGUCCAGGAACUGACAAAAGAGAUUAUAUCUGAAGUCCAAAGGAUGACUGGAAAUGAUGUGUGUUGUGACUGUGGAGCACAAGAUCCUACCUGGCUUUCAACAAAUUUGGGAAUUCUAACUUGCAUUGAAUGCUCAGGAAUCCAUAGAGAACUUGGUGUUCACUAUUCCAGAAUGCAAUCACUUACAUUAGAUGUGCUUGGGACCUCUGAACUUUUGCUUGCAAAGAAUAUUGGGAAUGCUAGUUUUAAUGAAAUUAUGGAAUGCUGUCUGCCAGUUGAUGAGAUGGUCAAACCUAACCCAAGCAGUGAUAUGAAUGCAAGAAAAGAUUAUAUUACUGCCAAGUAUAUUGAGAGAAAAUAUGCAAGAAAAAAGCAUGCUGACAAUGCAGCUAAAUUGCAUGCUCUUUGUGAAGCUGUCAAAUCAAGAGACAUUCUUGGAUUAGUUCAAGUGUAUGCUGACGGUGUGGAUCUCACAGAAAAAAUCCCACUGGCCAAUGGGCAUGAGCAAGAUGAAACAGCACUUCACCUCGCUGUUAGAUCAGUUGAUAGAACGUCCCUCCAUAUAGUUGACUUUUUAGUGCAGAACAGUGGCAAUCUAGACAAGCAGACGUGUAAAGGUAGUACAGCCCUGCACUACUGCUGUCUGACCGACAAUGUUGAGUGCCUCAAAUUGCUGCUGAGAGGGAAAGCUUCCAUUGAAAUAGCUAAUGAAUCAGGAGAGACACCCCUUGAUAUAGCUAAGCGCUUAAAACAUACUCACUGUGAAGAAUUGCUAACUCAAGCGCUGUCUGGAAGAUUUAAUUCUCAUGUUCACGUAGAAUAUGAAUGGCGAUUACUCCAUGAAGACCUUGAUGAAAGUGAUGAUGAUGUGGAUGAAAAGUUACAGCAACCCAGUCCUAAUCGGAGAGAGGACAGGCCCGUCAGCUUCUAUCAGCUUGGAUCAAACCAACUUCAGCCUAAUGUAGCAUCGUUGGCAAGAGAUGCAGCGAACAUUGCUAAGGAUAAGCAGAGGGGAUUUAUGCCAAGUAUAUUGCAGAAUGAAACGUACGGAGCAAUACUCAGUGGCAGCCCGCCUCCCAUUCAACCUACAGUACCUGUUACAAGUAGUGCACCUCCUCUACCUCCAAGGAAUAUUGGCAAAGUUCAGCCUUCAGUUCUUGGCAGUGGUAUUCAGACAAUUUCUUCAUCUAAUACAAUGUGGAAGACAAAUUCUUUAGGAGUGGAAAGUAUAAGCAGGCAGAGAUCUUCAUCUGAUCCACCAGCUAUUCAUCCCCCUGUGCCGCCAUUGCGUGUAACAUCUACAAAUGUGCUUUCUCCUGCACCACCGCCUCCAGUGGCAAAGACAGCCAGCAUUAUGGAAGCUUUGAACCAGCAAUCUAAACAGCAACCAGCUCCUCCACAAACUAAGCCAACCCCGCCACCACUGCCCCCACAACCUCCUAGUAGAGUUUCUCAAAGAAAGCCUAUUCCUGGGUCUGAGAAGUCAUCUGCCUUAAGUAACAAGGGGCAGUCUAGAGGACUUGGGGCUCUACAACAAACUGCAGCAGGAGAAUCUUCUUCUGUAUGUGAAAUUCCAGUAACACAGACUGGUUCUACAGUAAAUACUUUGGCACAGAUCCAGCCACCAGCACCAAUGCCAAGGAAAUCCCAAAUAUCAAAAACUAAACCCAAAAGAGUGAAAGCAAUUUACAACUGUGUAGCUGAUAACCCAGAUGAGCUAACUUUUUCAGAAGGAGAUAUCAUUGUAGUCGAUGGCGAAGAAGAUCAGGAGUGGUGGAUUGGUCACAUUGAUGGAGACCCAAGUCGGAAAGGAGCUUUCCCUGUAUCAUUUGUGCACUUUAUUGUUGACUAAAUUGCUACUGAUAAGUGGAGACAUUUCUCAUUACCAGCGGUCACAGAAAUAAGUUUUGCUCUAUUUCAUUUCAUCUACCUAUCUGCAGACACCUUGCCAGAACACUGCCCAAGUCCUAGGUACUGUAGCUUACUUUUUUAUUACCAUUGUUCUGAUUUUGGGACUUUUAGAACUUUUUUCUAUGUGAAAACUUCUCAUUAUCAGUUUACACUUAAAAAAAAAAAAAAGAAAAGAAAAGAGAAAAAAAACACACACAAAAACCCCCUCUUCCUGUAUUUUUUAAGGUUGAACUGAAAAGCUUUAACAAUCAAAAUCCAUGUAAGUAUGUGAACAUCAUAACAUAAAGAAUGUUCUUUUUAAACCACUCACUGUAAUUUUAUUCUCCCUUUUUAACUUGACAAUACCACACUUCAGUGUUGCUUCCCCAAUCAAACAAAUUGUGUGCAUUUGUAACAGGGCAGUGAAUUUAUCCAAUUCUCAAUACUGUUGGAAGUAUUUGGAACCAAAACAUGCAAGCUGCUGCAUAGUUCUAAAGUGAACUCAUUCAGCAUUUUGCCAUAGUGGCUGUCAUCCAGGAUGUCAACUCUUGCAGAAGAAACAAUUCUAACUAGGUGUCUUUGGCCGGGUAAAAGUGAAAAAGUAUUUCAGUUUACCACAGGAGAAACUUCUUUCUUUCAGAAUGGAUGUAGAUAUUUGCUUAACGUUAUCUGAAAUCUGUGUUAGUCGUUGAACUUUCUAGGUCUGAUUUUGUGAGCUUGAGACUUUUAUUUUUCUAGGCUGCACGCGUGUGGAACCUGUUUUCGAAUGUUCUUUGUGUAUGUUACAUCCAUUUUGGUCAUUUAACGUGACUACUGCUGGUUAACUAAACUGUGGCAAUAUUACUGAGUUACUGCAUUAACUCAAGGAUAUGAAAACUGCACUUCCUGAAAUGUACUUAACCAUGAUGAUGGAUUGCAGAACAUUUCUUACACUUGUAUCAUUUUAGUGGUUAGGCUUUUUGUUUGUUUGUUUGUUUUGAAUUUCUUAAUGUGUUCACACAGAACGUAUUUGGUGGAAGACUUAGAUAACUAUCCUUGGUUAAUAAGGUCUCUGACACCUCACAAGUCCAGUACGUUACGUUCUAUUCUAUAAGAAUUUGUGUGCCACUACCUUGCAAACAGUAAUAGUUUGCUAACUCACUCUGUAUUUAUAUAAUAUACCCACGUAUAUGGUAGCUACACUGUUGUUAAAUUUGUUUUACUGAUUUGUGAACAAAGGCUAGGCUAUUGAUAAUUCCCAGUUGGCUGAUGGAAAGCACCAAUACAAAUCGGGUGUCGUUUUGGUGUUGGCAUAUUCUGGGAUUGUACCAGUGGUUGCUUUUGUGCCAUGUCUAGGUCACAUUGGCUUUCAUCACGUUGUGUGAAUAUUCUCUCUAUAUUUAUCGAGAGAACUUCAGAUUUCUGACAAGUGGUGUUUAAAUUGAGCCUUUUCACAUGUAGCAGAAUGGAAAAUAGGCCACUGCACGUUCUUGUCUGGAGAAAAAAUCACAUAUCACAAAGUGCUGGGAGAGCAACACUGAUCUCACCUUGCAUUGCUUCUCCUGAAUGGUACAGUUGGUCAGUAGCCUCUCAAACGUGUGGGUACAGCCGAGUAGACACAUAACCUUCAUUUUCUUGAUGCUGUUGCUGCAGUUUAAAUGGGGAACAAACUGGAAUGUUUCAAGAUAUUUUUGUUGCAAGUUGAAGCAAAUUAGUCUGUAUUUUCAAAGUUCCCAGUAAAAUGCUAGAGUAAUAGUUUAGCACUACAGUUCUAUUCCCUUACUGAAUUUCAGUUUGCAACACUAUUUUGUAUGUUUCUAUCCCUGAUAGAGUCUAGAGAGUAAAUGGGCAUAUUAUUUUGCACAGAUCUCCUAAUGUACAGUAUUUUUAACACAGAAUCUUAUAGUGUACAACUCGUAAAGUUUAAACAAUGAUGCAAAUUUUUCCUUGGGCUCUGCUAGAAGAGGAACACACUUGAAAAUCAGUCCCAGUCCUGUUCACCACUCGCUUAGGAAGCCUUUAGACUACACUGUAAUAGCACUGACUGACGGUGCAGACUGUUAAAAUGUUGAGGACCAAUUGAGAGCAGCUAAGCAAAAUUUAUCCCCAGAUUUUCAGCAUUUCUCAAAGUUUGCUUUUCCUCUGGCAGAGGAAGAAGAAAUUCUAGAGCCUGUAGAUAUCUAUUUAUAAUAGAAAUUUAGAAUUUUAAGUCCAAAAUCUUGGCAUAUUUCAUACAGCUUUUCAAAUCUGAUCAAAAUAAUGAUUCAAAAAAAACUGUUAAUAGACUAUUAGGUUGCUGUGUUAACUGUUUAAAAAGGAGCAAAGGACACUUAAAAAUGCAGCUUAGAAUGCUAUGAGAUGUAUAAUAUUCAAUUCAGUGGUUUUUAUUUUGUUUAGUUGCAGAGCAACUGUAUAUAUUGUAUAACCGAAAAUCAACUCUUAUUUUCAAUGUCCUGGAUGCGGUGAUUUAUAAUUAGAGCAUGAUUAAUAAAUUUUACUCUUGUUAACCAGUCAAACGUCUGGAAAAAUAAAACUACUUUUAAAAUCA